AACGUAAUGUCGACAAUUUCAGGAAAUUAACAGGAUAUUGCAUCCAAGGUGACGUUUAAAAGAAACAGACGAAACUCGGUUCUAGAGUGUCACAUAUUAACGUUUAAAUGCACAGUAAUCGUAUACAAACGAAUAGUGUGCUGUUUUUUCCAGUUUUACAUUUUCUAUUGACUUUACGUGAGAUCGGCUGACAUUAAAAACGCAAACAAUGUUUUAUUUUCUUAAAAAAAGUUCUCACUUUUUCUAAUAACCCUUAACCCUUCUUUAUUUUUGAAGCAGUAGCGAAACCCAAUUCAUUAUUGGUGCAUUUUAACGUACACAUGACUAAUGUAAAGCGUAGAAAAUUUCAAUAAUUAGUUUUUCAGUGUUUUACACAUCAUCAUUGCUCCUGUUGAAGUUCAGCUUACAAUAAACAUGUCAUACAUACAUAUAUUUUUUAAAUAAGUGAAAAUGUUCUUGUAUUUUAAAGCGUCACUGAACAUUGAUGAUCACACACCAUGUCCAGUCCAAAAUCGAUGAGCAGAGCCACAGGAUGGAGUGAAGAGGUGGAAAACCUGUUCAGGUUCCAACAGGCAGGAUACAGAGAUGAAGUGGAGUAUGUUCAAGUCAAACAUGGAGCCUCGGUGGACAAAUGGCCGGAGAGCGGCUUUGUGAAGAAGCUCCAACUCCGCGACAACACGUUUUAUUACUACAACAGGAGACGGGAGUGUCCGGACCAAGACGUCCACAAAGUCAAAGUGUACGUGUAUUAGGGUGUCCUGCACCAUCGUCACCAUAGUCACCAUCGUCAUCAUCGUCACCAUCGUCAUCAUCGUCACCAUCGUCAUCAUGAUUCCUCUGUGAAGUCCUCUGGCUGAUUACAGCACUUAGACUCUCAAGUGCUCAAACAACACCACAAGGCAAAAUAAUCAUAUAUAAACAAUAUCAUUAUACAUCAAUGCUCCUAAAUACAACAAAAGGUCUAUGUUGUUCAUUAAGAAUCUUGAAAUACUAAAUAUCAUGUUCACUGAGAGGAAAUUGAGAACUUUAAAGCACACUUACAAUAAUAUAAAUUGUGUUUUUUCUUCUA